CGUCAACGUGAAAGCGCACCUUUUACAGAAACGGCAUCGGUUUGGGCUAGAGCACGAAGAAGAUGGGCACAGCAAGAGUGACGUUAUUUUAACUCAUAUUAACUCCAUAGUUAGUUUAAUACCGGAUGUUUGUACGUAAUACUGAAUAAUGAGCGAGCGGAGGCUCUCAGGAGACCGUUAAUGUUUGUCCUUGUCUGAAGUUGAACACUGAAGUUGAAGUAAGGUUAACGUUAGCUUAGCUAGCAUCUCUCUCUGCUCGGCUCCAUCCUGAAGAAAAUAUGGUGUCCUGGAUUAUAUCAAGAUCUGUCGUGCUGGUUUUUGGAAACCUGUACCCAGCGUACUAUUCCUACAAAGCAGUGAAAACCAAAAAUGUCAAAGAAUAUGUGCGAUGGAUGAUGUACUGGAUUGUUUUUGCCCUGUUUACAGUAGUGGAGACUGUCACAGAUCUAACCAUAGCCUGGUUUCCCCUCUAUUACGAGAUCAAGAUUGCGUUUGUGAUCUGGCUUCUGUCUCCCUACACGAGAGGAGCUAGUGUCAUCUACAGAAAAGCCCUUCAUCCUCUGUUGUCCUCCAAAGAAAGGGAAAUUGAUGACUACAUAGUCCAGGCGAAAGAACGAAGCUAUGAGACCAUGGUGAACUUCGGCAAGCAGGGCCUGACCAUUGCUGCAACUGCUGCCGUCUCUGCUGCUGUCAAGGGUCAAGGUGCCAUCACGGAGAAGCUCAGGAGCUUCAGCAUGCAUGACCUUACCCAGAUCCCUCAAGAUGACACGUAUUCAUCAUACAGGUCCAACCCAGCCAGAAGAGCCAUCAUGGACCAGCCAGACGGAGCUGAGUAUUGUCAUGGUGAUGACGAUGACAGGAGUGAUGACGAGGGUAAGACUGUAUACUCUGAAGAUGAAGCCGUGUCUCAUCAUGGGCUCAGACGAUCUCAGAGCGUCAAGAUGACGCGCUCAAAACUGCGCAGAGAUGCACGUUAUGGAUCUCUGAAGAUCAAAGGGAGGAAAAGACCAGCAAUCAAUGCCAUGACUUUCUCCAGCGUGGAUAACUGAGCUGACUACUGAUGUGUGGGAUGUGUCCACUUUAUCAGACAACCAGUGUGUUCAUAUUCUUCUCUUUCCAUAAGGGCUGUGGACUUUCCACUUUUUCACUGAUACACCAGCAGAUCUAUUUAUUACUUCUACCAGCAAGUCUGUACAUACAGUGAGUGUCAUGAGUUAGAGUACUAUAUGAAGCGUAAGGGGUUUGACUGAUGCUUUUAUUUGUAAGGCAUGGCUUUAUUGGUCUGAAUUUGACAUUCAGAUUUCUGUCUCCAGUAUUUGUAUUUAGAAAUGUGUCCUCUUUGGAUGUGGGUUUUAUAUUUCUGUUUUCACACUACCGCUGCCUUUCAGAAGAUGUUUUAAGUAGUUUUUACAAUUGUGGUUUAGGUAGGAAUAGUGAUUCUCAAAAAUGAUUUGUCCGCAUCAGACCAAAAGUGUCUCUUAUCAGUAAUAGAGAAAAUACCAAAGAGAACAAAAGGCAGUGUUGCAUAAAUGUUAAUACAAUUUUUAAAUGUUCAAAAAGUCUGCUGUUGUUUUCUUUAUUAUUGAUGGUAUUUGGGUUUAAAGAAAACCCCUUUUGCACAUUCUUUAAAUCCUUGAUUUAAACCUUCACUUCUGGUCUUCAUGCAGAAUGUUCUUUAUCUG